AGGAUGAGCUAUGGCAGCUUCAUCAUGCCCACCCAGUUUGGCAUUACCUGCCUGUUGGCCGUUAUUGGUAACAGCUUGGUUAUCUGUACAAUCUUAAAGAAAUCUGGCCCUAGCAGUAGCAUCCCAGACAUCAUCAACAGCCUCUCCAUGGUGGACCUGCUUUUCCUUCUGGGCAUGCCCUUCCUCAUCCACCAGCUGCUGGGGAACAGAGCCUGGCACUCUGGAGAGACAAUGUGCACCAUCAUCACUGCCCUGGGUGCCAACAGCCAGUUCACUAGCAUCUAUGUCCUCACUGCUAUGUCUAUCGACUGCUACCUGGCCACCAUCCACCCCUUCACCUCCCGUCCCUUCAGGAAGCCCGUGACAAUCCUUGUCACCUGCAUGCUCUGGGCCCUUCCCUUCCUCAGCAUUAUACCCAUGUGGCUGUAUGCUCAGCUCAUCCCUUCACCUAGAGGUCUACUAGGCCGUGAGAUUCAUUUGCCAGACCCCCAGAGGGACAUUUAUUGGUACACUCUCUACCAAUUCUUCCUAUUUUUUGCCAUCCCUUUUGCCCUCAUCACAGUGGCUUACAGGAGGAUCCUGCUCACGAGGGCCAGGUACUCAGAAGCACUGGUGAGCCAAAGAUGCACCAGGGCUCAAACCAAGAGACUGACCCAUGCAGCAAUUGCUAUUUGUGUGGCCUUCUCCAUUUUCUGGGCACCUUUCCACAGCCUGCAACUUGCCCAGCUCACCAUGACUUACCCCACCCUGCCUUUCUACUACACCUACAACAUGACUAUCAGCCUGGGUUAUGCCAAGAGUUGUCUGAACCCCUUCAUCUACAUCUUGCUGGGCCAAAAUUUCCAGAGGCAGCUUGGGGUCCCUGUAAGGCCAGCAGCUGCAGGGGAGGCUUCCCCAAAUGGGAGCAAAAGCAUUUGGGAGGAUGCACUCAUGUCAGGGCAGCCACUGCUACAUUUGGGGUCCAGCUCUGGCAGGUAG